AGCCACCGAUGCCUAAAAAAUCCUGGACCAGUACUGUCAAGACGACAGUGAGACCUAACUCUUGCUGGCAGACGAUAGACGAAACUUUUAACAGGGCCCCCGCCGUGGACGCGUGGAACGCAAACACUUACUUAAGUGAAGACUGCCUAUACCUGAAUGCCUGGAUCCCCGACACAACAGAACGCAAGUCCAUCUUGGUCUGGAUAUACGGAGGUGGAUUCUGGGGUGGUACCUCCACACUGGAUAUGUAUGAUGGUGCCGUGUUGGCUCGGAAAAAUAACAUCAUCAUCGUCUCUAUGAACUACAGGGUUGGAGCACUCGGCUUCUUGUUUAUGAACAGCUCUGAAGCUCCAGGAAAUGUCGGGCUAUUGGACCAGCAAUUGGCGCUAAAGUGGAUUCACGACAACGCGGAAAACAUGGGCGGGGACCCAAACAACAUCUCAAUAUUCGGGGAGAGUGCAGGAGCUACUAGCGUGGGGUUCCAUCUCCUGUCCACUAACUCCAGCCAGUACUUCAAGAAUGCCAUGAUGAUGAGUGGCUCUCCAACUGCAUACUGGGCAAUCCAGCCAACAGAUAAAGCAAUGAACAGAGCCAAGAAGUUAGCCAACUUUGUCAGCUGUACACAACCAGACCCCAUGAAGUGCCUUAGAGACACAAAACCCAUCGAGUUGGUCAAGAACCAGUGGGGGCUUGUGGAAUCCUACUUUGAUCUGCCGUUUGCUCCAGUCGUAGAUGGUCAAUUUUUGGUCAAACAUCCGAGUGAAUUGAUGACUCGAGAUAGGCUAAGUAACAGAAAUCUGCUGACCGGUGUUGUGAAAGACGAGGGCAGCUAUUGGCUACUCUACGGCUUCGCAGGUGACUUCAACGUAUCCAGCCCCAACAUCAACUCCACCCGGUACCCAGAAAUUGUCGACGGAAUCCUCAAGUCCGUCGGCCCGAGUUACCAACAGGCGAACGUCGUGAAGAACGUUGCAGCCGAGUUUGCGCGUGGGAGGUCUGAUUACAUUGGUGUUCUUGACGAUCUAAGCGGGGACAUCCUUUUCAAAUGCGGGGUGACGGAGUUCGCUCAAGAAUUCUCCAGGCAGGGCGGUCACGUGUACAUGUACUCACUCGAGCACAGGGCUAGCAACCUCCCGUGGCCACAGUGGAUCGGCGCACCCCACGGGCUAGAGCUGCCGUUUUUCUUUGGCGCCCCGUGGUCAAACACCAGCGGAAACUUCACCAGCGGGGAGAAGGUCAUGAGCCAGGACAUCAUGCAAUGGGUGACGACGUUUGCCAAAACUGGGAACCCAGGCAGUGUGUGGCCAGAGUAUAAACAUAACGAGCAGAAGUACCUGCAGAUUGUUCAGCCAAGCAUUUACACCGUGAAGUCUGGCCUGAGGAGCGACACGUGCACUUACUGGAAGGAUGUGGUACCACAACUCUUAGUUAAAUCAACCAACAGCUGUGCCUUACUGAAGUCAACUGACCUCAGCUUCAUGUUGCUUGUUGCCAUUUUAUUGCUCUUGUUAAUUUAGAUAGAGUGAACAGUCUCUGUAGAGAAGUUAGUUCUAGCACAAUGUAGUUUCAGUUGUAACAUAUUAUACAAACGCUUUUGAUAUUUUAUACAAUCAUGUUCAUUUAUACAAGCUUAUUUCCAUUAUAAAUAAUGUUUAAU